CGUUUGUGUCACUUGCUUUUUUCAACUUGCAUUGAUACCACGGCCGAAGCGAGCAGUUAAUCAGUUUUUAACUAAAUAAAUAUAUUUUAAAAAAUGGCCAGCCAAACGCAGGGAAUCCAGCAAUUGCUUGCUGCUGAGAAGAAGGCAGCUGAAAAGGUUGCCGAGGCCCGUAAACGCAAGGCAAGGAGAUUGAAGCAAGCCAAGGAUGAGGCCACCGAGGAGAUUGAGAAAUUCCGUCAGGAACGUGAACGCUCCUUCAAAGAGUUCGAGGCCAAGCAUAUGGGCAGCCGCGAAGGUGUUGCAGCCAAAAUCGAUGCUGAUACUCGUGUGAAACUUUCCGAUAUGGAGGGUGCCAUCAGGACACGCAAAGAACCCGUGAUUCAGGAGAUCUUGCAGUUCGUCUACAACAUCUCGCCCGAGGUCCACAAGAACUACAACAGGAAGUAAAUUGUAUUGUUGUCUUUGAGGGGUGGGGCUUUGGCCUAAUCCCAAAGGAAAAAUAUGCUCGUUUCUAUUGUAAAUUCGAUGUCCAAGUUCAACUCUUUUAAAUGCAUAUAAUUUAGCCCCUUAAUAAUAGUGCAUUACUAUAUUAAACAUACAAAGCUGUAUUAUUAUUCCAUAUACUUAUUAAAAUUUGUUGUUUCACCAAAAUGAAAUUGUUUGCGCAAUUUCUUCAACUAAAUUAAUUUUGUGUGCAUUAUGUUGUUUACGUUUUAUUCAAUGCAAAAUACAAGUUGUUAUUUUUAUUUGA